UUUCAGAUAAAGAUUUCAAGAAUGCGUUACCAAGAGGGAAGCUUCAAAAAAACUCCAAAACAAGCAAUACUUUCUAUACAGGAGGAGAUAAGAAGAGAUCUGGAGAAAGAAACUCAGCUUAAACUUGAACUAGAGCAGAGACAUUCAGAGGAUGACACCUAUGUGGAACCAGAGAGAGGACGGAGUAGAUCUAGAAACCUUGAAACACGGGGAACUAGAUCUAAAUCCUCUGCUCCGGGUUCAGCUCAGAUAACUAGCAGAGAUCCGUCCUUAGCUCCAGGUACUAGCAGAAAUCCAUCCUUAGCUCCAGGUCCACCUCUACCACAGUCAACAGUUUUGUUCCAACCAACAGCAUCAGCAACAUCUUUAUCAACACCCGGAAACAACAAUGCUAAUUUUAAACCGGUAAAAGAACCGACCCCAGGAUUUAAAAAUAGAUUUUUCCGAAACAAAUCUCUAAACAGGGUUGGACAGAGACCGAGUAUAGAAGAGUUUAUUUCAAGAUAUUCCGUGAAACCUAGUCCUUGCUCCGGUCCAGUUAAUCCUUCCUUCUCAUCCUUCUCGAACCCGGAGAAGUUAAACCCAACCUCAGAAAUCAGAUUCACAACAUUUAAUGAUCCUGCUCCAGUCAAAAAGGUGAAUACUGGUAAGCGACCAACUGACCGGCCUGCUGACGUCAUCAACCAGGAACUGAAGCAAAUGUAUCUGAGAGAAGCUGAACAUAGGCGGAGUUAUAUAACUAGACUUGGGCAGAAGAAAGAAUAAAACUAGUGGACAAGUGAUAAACAUUUAUAUAAGCUUGAUGUUAGGGAAAUCGAAUAAAGUGAUAGAUUUGAUAAACUCACCAAACAGUGAUACAAUUGUCUAAUGGAACGUGAUGAUAAAUAAACAAAAACAAAAAACUGUUUUUUUUAACUAAAGGCACUGUAAACGUCAUACUGAUUAUUUUCAUUCGCGAUUUCUCUCCAAAAAUGACUUGCAGCACAGCAAGGGAGAAACUUACAGAAAUAAACACUGUUCGAGUCAGAAAAACGAUGAUAUCUUCUAUAUUUUUGAUCAGAUCAUGGUUU